CUCUCCCAAUUCAUCCCCUCUCUCUUCCAAACAAACAUUUUGGGGACAACAAAAUAUGUCUCCUUCCAUCUUCCUCUCGUGGCUUGUUAGCAUUCCCAUCCUCGCUGCCAUUUCUUCUUCUGCAGCUCCUAUUGCUGUUCCAGGCCCUAAAGGUUUCCCAUUAAAUUGCGGAGGAACCGACGAAGUAACGCUUGGCAAUGAAAAGUACAUCCCGGACGACGGAUUCAUCCUCACCGGAACCAAAGGCACCGUCAAAACCCCUGGCAUACUUCCGAUCCUCUCCACCCUCCGAUUCUUCCCGGAUGGCCAAGCUCGUAAAUACUGCUACGCGUUCCAGGUCACCAAAGGUGGGAAGUACCUGGUGAGGACAAUCUACUACUACGGCGGCUUUGACGGAGGGAAAGAGCCCCCGGUGUUUGAUCAAAUCGUUCAAGGGACCAAAUGGGCCACCGUCAACACCACCGAGGAUUACGCCAAGGGUCAGACCACUUAUUACGAGAUCAUCGUCGUCUCUCCCACCAAGACCUUAAAUGUAUGCCUCGCCCGGAACAAGAAUACCACCUCAUACCCUUUCAUCUCCGCAAUGGUGGUUCAAUCGCUCGAGAAUUCCAUGUACAAUUCCAGCGAUUUCACCAAAUACGCGCUCACCACCGUGGCCAGAAACUACUUCGGACAAGAGGGCGGGGCGAUUAGCUUUCCGGACGACCAAUACUACCGGUUGUGGGAGCCAUUUCACGACAAGAACCAACCGACGGUGGAGAGCAAGUCAAAUGUGACAUCAUCAGACUUUUGGAACUUCCCGCCAGCGAAAGCGUUCACUAGAGGGUUCACCACCAGCCGAGGCAAGACGAUUAGGUUCCAGUGGCCACCGAUGUCGGUUCCGGCCACCAAGUACUACGUGGCAAUGUACUUCCAGGACAACAGGACACCCAGCCCUUAUAGCUGGAGGGUGUUCAGCGUCACAUUGAACGGACUGUUGUUCUACAAAGAUCUUAACGUGACGGAGAAAGGCGUGACAGUUUAUGCAUCGGAAUGGCCCCUCUCCGGCGUCACCGAGCUAAUGUUGACUCCGGCUGAUGACAUGCCCGUUGGGCCGGUGAUCAAUGCCGCCGAGGUCCUCCAACUUUUGCCCUAUGGUUCGAGGACACAAACCAGAGAUGUGAUUGCCAUGGAAGCUUUGGGUAGUAGCUUUGACGACCCGCCCGCAGACUGGGUUGGUGAUCCUUGUUUGCCUCCAGAGAACUCUUGGACCGGAGUUACUUGCACUCAUGAGUUAAUGGCUAGAGUUCAGAAGAUAGAACUUAGAAACAAAGGAUUAGCUGGCUCUAUAUCUCCAAGCAUUGCAAACUUGACUGCACUCACCUCUAUUUCUUUAGGAGGGAACAAGCUUACUGGUGAAAUCCCUGAUAUGGGUUCAUUGAAGGAUCUGCAAUAUUUGCAUUUGGAAAACAACCAACUUGAAGGGUUGAUACCUCAGUCUUUAGGGCAGUUGAAGAGGAUUCAAGAGAUAUACCUGCAGAACAACAAUUUACGCGGCAAGAUCCCAGGCUCGCUACAGAAUAAACCUGGACUAACCCUUCAGGUGUCUCCUGGGAAUGACAUUUCUAAUUGAGUUGGCUGACCACUUUGCACAUACACAAGUGCGGGAAGAAGAACUAAAGGAGAGCGAGUGAUGAGAAGAAGUCUUUUGGCUAAGCCCUUGGGAGUUACAUGCACCAAGCUCAAAAGAUGAUAUAAAUGAAGUGGCACUGCUCAAAUCCUUGAAUUUGGAGACCUAGCUAGUAUGGCUAGCCUGUUCUAUUACAUCAAACUAGAUAAGUUCGCUUGGUUGUGCCUCGCCGUGAGUGGAUAAAUGCAUG